UCAUUCGGAUCGGUCGAAGUGGGGAUCUCCUCCUUUGCCAUACACACUGGCUCAGCGGCACUACUCAACGGAGCGCGGUGUGGUGGCGGUCUAAACACUUUCAAAGUCCCGCAAACGGCAAACCCGUUUGAACUGUCUACGCGAACGGUUGUGUCUCUUUGGUGCAGCGCGAAGUCGUCCGAGUUUUGUGUGUUAUUGUUCCGCGGGAUUCCCGUUGCCGUGGCGACAGCACGGUGGAAAACAUUUAGCAGCUCUGGCUGUCGAGGGCACAAGGCUGAACGGUCUCCGUAGUCUCGGUUUAGUGCCUGUGUCUGUCUGAACUCUCGUACCCACACUCAUAGCCGGGGUCCGCGUGUUGACAACUUGUGCAAGCGUCUUAGUCCAAGCGAGCGAGACGAGUGAAUUGCGAAGAAUAUAAACAGAUAUUAACCAGGUAGAUUUGGCUUAACUGGAGCUAUGCGAUGUUGAAGCCACCUGUAUGUUUGCGUGCGCGACAGAGAAGCUGAAAAGGUUGACCCUAAACAAUGUGUGUGCGCCAGUGUUCGCGUAUAGUGUUUUGACGGAAUGCUUUAAAGAUUGUGGUUUUUGGACGUCCAAAAAUAUUGUGCAAUUGUUCAUGAGUCGUAACAUCUGUAAACGGGGGAAAUUGUUAAACUAAACAAUCUGUUCGAUGUAAGGAACCUUGAGGAUUUGGGUGUCUAUUAUCGCUCCAUAUGUCCACAGCCAACUUUGAUGAGGAAGUGAAACUUGCUGACCUAGUGUUUGCGUGAUGUGUCGUCGAUGCCUGCUAUGUGAUUGACCUGUGAUCGCAUUCUGAGUUUUUUCAUGAUCUAAAAAGACGACGAACCUGAAAAACAGUGCGAUUCAAAAUCGGAGAUCGCAUUGAAGGGCAAACAAAUAACGAUUACAGCCGAGAGGUCUACGAAACGUUAAUAACUAGCGGAUCUUGAUUGUUGCUGCUUCGUAGUGGGUAAACUGAAAAACACAAAUCGACGAACCAAUUUGGGAGUUGAAAUGCAAAACAGUUUGUGACCGAAAUUGAAAAUAUUUGUGCGAUUAAUCAUUCCAACAGACUAGUAUCGACGUCCACUCGCAGUUUGUUGUUUAGACGUAUGUGCUGUGCAACUUAUUCAGACCUCAGUGUGUAACUCAUUAAAUGGAUUUUCGCUUUUGAUGCAAUAGAAGAAAAUUGAAAUCCAUCGUCGUCGAAGCAGAAUUUGACAAAACAGAAAGCCCAAAAGUGAAGGCACUCUGUUAUAGUGGCACUAGCAAAAGCUAUACAUUCACAUAAAACAUACACGUUAAGGUGCUACUGACUGCGUUUUUUGUGGAGUUUUGCAUCAUCGAGCUUCUGAAGUGUUUGGAAGAGGGUGUUUGUGUUAAUUUCGGCAAACCCAGACUUUAUUACCGUUUCACGAGAAGUUACUGGAGGAUAAAAUUUGGCGAAACUUUAUGCUGUUAUGAGAUACCCCCGGUCGUGACUCGAAACGAGAGUAAUGACUACCAUCGGAAACGAUAGUAAAAGCAACAACAGCAACAUCAGCCACGAUUGACCGAUCGAUCCAUGCGCGUCGGAAGAUGUGAUACAAAGCAUCACAAACGCCGAAGAAAUGAACGAAAAAGGCAUUGACUGCCAUUACCGAUCACCUCCAUUGAAAUAGCUCCGAAUAGACCGGCGUCCAUUCUUUCUUUCACUCAGCAAAACACUUCCUAUUUUUCUUACGAAACCAUCCCGCCUUCUGGGACCAGACAUCUAACCAUGCGGAGAAAUGUGCAGAAUGGGGUGGUCCCCUUUCGAUUAAGACCCUGUCGAAGUGACCGCGGCAAACCCAAUAGAACAUUGGCUUCGACGGUUGUUGGGCUUCUGACGGUUGGAUUACUCCUUGUGACCACGUAUCCCGUUCAGGGAGGCAUCAUUGUUAAGCGACAGGCCGAAGAUCCUACCACCACUUCAAAUCCGAUCGACGAUUCCGAUCAAUUCACUCCGGAUCCCACCACUCGAUCGGUGGAAUUCGAAUCCAAUGAAGCGUCAACACCUCAUGCCAUAGAGUUCGGUUACGAUAUUGAAAAGAAUGCAUCUUCAGAACUGGGCACGGUGGCCGAGCUGAAUCAGGCAGCAGUCGAAACAACGGAACCAACCGAGAUUGCACCGGCGUCGAUGACUGUUGCACCAUCGAUUGCAGCCCCGAAGGCUCCUCCCACCAGACCGGAUGCCCCAACAACCGUCGUAGCCCCUACAAGAGGUGCUAGUCCUUCUUCCACUGAACCCGCUGGGCAGACGCUCGCUCGUCACAGUUGGGUAGCGCAAGCGGCUGCAACGGAAAUCUCUGCAGAAGAAGUUGAAAAGGACGAUUCUCGAGAGGUAACGACAGAAGAGCCUCUCAGUGAAACCACCACCGUCGCCAGUGCAACUGAAGAAUUCGAAAUUUUAGAUAGUCGACCAGUUGUGGAGGAACAGAAAGAUGAUACCAGUAAACUACGGUUUGAACUCGAUAGAUACACGUCGCCGUCGAACUUCUCGCAAGGCGGUAUAUCAUUAGACGAGACACGUAUCGAGAGGGAGCAAUUCUUUGAUGACAAAUCUUCGGCAACGACGGAAUCGCCGGACUCAUAUGAGGCGACAACUUUGCCAGAUUCAUUCUCGAGCAGUGAAGAAGGCGCAGAAUCAGCAACCGAAUCGAACGAGCUCGUUGUUGUGCCUGCAGCGUUGGCCGAACGUAACCAUACGAUCGAAAGCAAUAGAACCGUAUUUGCGGAAAAGUUAGAGGUCGAGCACAAUGAUUACGAGUUGGUGUCUAAUGAGGUUCGUGUUCAGAAUCAAACCGGUUCAACGGGGAAGGGUAAAAAGGGCAAGUUUUUGGAUCAGUUUGGGGCCACUGAGGACAACAACAUCAACGGUGCAGCUUGGGCAUUGGCGGGAAUGAGAAUCGUUGAUCGGGCAUCCAGCAAAGCCGGGCAGAUUAGUGCGGAGAGUGUGGAUGUCAUUAGGGAUGAAAAUGAAAACACUGUAGCAAAUAAUACUUUGAAACAGCUAAUGGACUGGGCAAUGAUUAUGCAGGAUGCUGAUUUUGCAAACAGUUCGUUUGUCAAACCAACAGUUCCAGAGCCUGAAAUUGAGUUAAAGAAUGAAAUAAAGGACCGUCGAAAGUAUGCCAAUAAAACUCCACCAAGCAUUGACGCUCUUAGUGAGGAAAACAGAAUUACUUCUGUUGUGACGGAAUUGAUUCCCGAACCCUCUAGAGAAACUACCACUAUAAUGCCUAAUGCCAAUGCCAAAUUGGUAGUGGGGCCAACCUCAACUACUGAGGCAGAAGAUGAUGAUUUGGAGGAUUUCAAAUUUGAAGAUCGCAGCAAAGUCCCUACACAGACGACAAAACGACCAGAACUGACCAACUUUAUUCAGGAAACAACUACUCCUUUCAUGAGCAAAAAAGAUCAUACUGUGACCACCAUACGCCCAACUCGCGGUUACGAAGUCAGCGAAAAUGUCGACGAGAACGAGAGCUUUGCUCUCCCUGAAAGAACUACCACUACGGGAAAAUAUGAAUCUAGCACCACCGUGGAAGACAUGCCAGUAACUACUUACUCACCCGCAUCUCCAAUUAUGAAAAAGACUGAAGUUACAACGGAGGCAAUCCUACCUACGACAUUCGAAUCAAUGCGCCCGACUCGACGACCGUUCAUAAUCACCACAACUCAAGAACCGAUCACUACCAAUUCGGUCAAAUUCUUCGAAGAAACUACCCCACUGGUGACAACUACGACUACAUCCACUUCCACUAGCAGCUUGAGCCCACCGACGAGUGAAGAAAAUGAUACACAAAUCAAUUCCUUGCCCAGAAGUUCAGAUGAACAGAUUUCAUCCGAAGUUGACGCUAACGCUAUCAACCAAACCAAUGAAGAAUUAUCGUCCAGGACUAGAACCACAACCACCUCAGCACCUACCACACUGUCUAUUCACAACGACCCUUUCCUAACACAGCAGUCCACCUUGCAGCCAACCGUAAUCUCAUACCGCCCAUCUACUGGAACCACCGACAAGGUAGACUUCUCCACAGAAUCCGCCGAAGAACCUACCAUCCCCAACCAUCCAGUUCUCGUCGAUGACAAAAAUGUCUACGACACCGUUUCGGAGACAACGCCUCCACCAUUUCCGCCAACGGAAUCAUCUGUCUCGUCGGAAUCGGAUCCAGCUACCAGCACUCGUCAGUCGAUCGAGCGCCUGAUGACAACCACCGCCGAACUGUCCGAAGAGGAAUCAGUCACCGAGGAAGACUACGUCGAUCUGAACAGCAGUGCCACCGGCUCGUCGUCCCGAGCUCCACUGGACCGAGACUCGUCACUGGCCUCGCAGUCCCCUCCGGAGCAGGAAGCAGAGGAAGGCAAUGGCGGCGUGGUCAUUGCCGUCGUGGCCAGUCUGGUCAGCGUGAUCGUUGUGCUACUGUUGGUUGCGGCGUUUUUGUACUAUCCGCAAUUGCAGUUGAUCUUCCGCAAGCGACAGGCACAGGUCUCCUAUGGGCAACGAUGCCGCCCGGUCGGGCUGGAUGCCUACAGUCUGGACAACGUUUCGGUGUACAACAGCGUCCGUCGCAAGGGCAACACGAUGCGGAUGUCAAAGCGGUCUUACGGAAACUCGGCUUUCGAGGAUCCAGGGCUGAAGACGAAUCCGCUGACGGUGGCGGAGCUGGCAAACAUCAUACAGAACAAAACGGCCAUCUACGACGAGUUCAAGGAGAUUCCGAAUGUGACGGCAAGGGCUGAUGAGGUUCCCGAGGGAUGUGAAGAGAAAAAUCGAUAUGCGAACGUUGUGCCGCUCCCGGAGACAAGAGUUCAUUUGAAACGACUCAACGAUGAUGAAAAGACUGAAUACAUCAACGCAAACUUUGUCAAGGGUCCGAAGGAUAACACCAACUACUACAUAGCCUGCCAAGCACCAAUGGAGAACACGAUCAACGAUUUCUGGCGCAUGAUCUGGGAACAGAACUCCAAGGUGAUCAUCAUGGCCACCGACCUGAGCGAGAACGGUGUCGAAAAGUGUGCCGAAUAUUUACCGCCAUCGGUUGUUUUGGACAACAACCGAACGUUUGGUGAUUUCCAGCUAACACUCAAGAACCGCGAGAACAAAGAGAAGUACACCAUCUCAACAGUGCAUCUGCGCAACACGCAGACAAACACGUGGCGUGAGAUCAUGCACUUCUGGUAUCAGUGGCCCGACACUGGAGUGCCCAUCGACGAGUCCUCGAUCAUUGCUAUGCUCCUGGAAGCCCGUAGCUACUCACGGUUGGCUCCGGGUGAGCUGGCUGAGGCACCCAACAACAACAAUCAAAGCAACAGCACCACCACGAACGGCACUGUAAUCACCAGCAAUGGCAUCAGCGGUGGUAUAACCAGUAUUGCGGAAGAGCCCACGUCGAUCGAAACCACCGAAUCGAAUAGUGUAGCGAUAGGUAGCAACAAUGUAGAUAGUUCCAAUAACAAUAACAACACGAUAGGUAAGGCCAAUUCGGACGGUGUUCCUCCUCCGAGCUUGAUAAGCAAUGGAGGAACCAUGGACAAACACAAAUCGCUGCAGCGAACCCAGGGACCAAUCACGGUGCAUUGUUCACCGGGAACUGGACGAACGGGGACGAUAGUUGCGUGCGACGUAGCGCUGCGAGCGGUCGAGAUUCCUCCACGAACGGUGGACAUUCCGCUGGUUGUGUACUACGUUCGGCGGGGACGUGCCAGUGCCGUCAGGACGCGGGAGCAGUACGAACUGAUCUAUCGGGUUGCUAAUGUAUACGCUACCAAGCUGACGGGGCCGACGAUAGAAACAUGAGAACGACUCAUUUAAAAUCAAGUAUUGUGAGUACAUUCGAACGAAGAUGGCAGCCAGCAAAGGACGCAGCAACACCGUCUGUUUUGUUGGCUUUAGUGAUAAGCAGUCGGAAAUGUGCAAUCAAUGACGGUCAAUAGCAACUGUAGCCAAAGCAUAAUUUGUAGGGCACGCAAUCGACAGACAAAAUUAGCGCGUAAUCGUACCGAUUCAAAUCCGGGUCGGCAGCUUUUAUCUUCUGACUAGUGGAAAGUUUCCCCGAUAAAGCGGAAAUAUACCUUCGCGUAAAAUUCCCCGAUAUUUUUAGUGCUGUUACAUGUUUUUGCAAUUCUUCCAAAUUAGUCCUUCUAGCCAAUCAAUGCCUCAGUAACUUCAAACCUGCAUCAGAGUAAGAACCAUCAGUCUAUCAGAAUACAAACGAGCACAUACCUCAAACACCAACCACAAAAGGAGUCGAAUGGCAAACGGGUUGGCCGCACCAAUGUCUGUCUCUUUUGUCCGACGAAGGCCGGGGAUCCGCACGAUGGCGAGUCUUCGUGAUGGCGGAUCUCUACCGACGUUGAGGACAUAAGCGAUACAGCGAGCCAACCCACAACUCAUAAUACUUGAUUUUAAUCUCUAGUGGGAUAGAGACUAAAAUUAUCGACACAAAAAAUAUACAAAACAAAAUUGGGAAUGGCAACGAGUUCAUUCCCUUGAAAUGAAGCGAUACACGCGAAUGAGAAUCCUUUUGUAAAUUUUAUAGGCAAAUCUACCCUCUAAUCUAUCAGAACACAUAAUACCGCGGCCUUAUUAUUAUUCGUAUUUUUUUUUCACGAGAUGGCACUGUUCAGAUUUGCACCCAUAUCCCCCUACCACUACGAAAUAAAAUACUGUGGUAAUAGAAUAAUUUUGUGUUAUUCGUUUUGAAUUUUCCAUAAGUAAAGCAAAUUUCAUUUCCUUAUUGUUUCGACGUUCUGGAAAAUAUUUUGGAGCAUAUGAAAAUAUUAUGUCCAAUAUUAUGUGAAGGUCUAACCACAAUGAUCGCAUUAGGUACAAUAAGAUGUUUCUGAAAUUUUUGCAUUCGGGCCUUAAAAGAUAACUCUGUAAUCACAAACAGAAAGUCUUAUAAACUUUUUUGGUUUUCAUUUAUCAGUUAGGCUAGCGAAGAAACUUAGUCGGAGCGUAGUCCGAGAGAUCAAAGAAUUGAGAUCGCUCUAUUCUUAGCAUGCUGAUACAAAGCUGACUAGGAGUCAGCAGCUAUCUGAACGAGUUCGACCCACAUCGAAAAAAUGUGGAACAAACGAAAGGUCUUCUAUUGGUUUAAAAUGUUGCAAUAUUAGUGUAAGACGAUUAGUUACGAGAAUGUAUAUCAUAAGCACCACAAACCAUUGAGAGAAAUACGCAAUUUGUCGAGAGAGAAGAAAAAUCAGAAGGAAGUGUCAUAUUGUAUGAGUUUGUUAUAGUCCAUGGUGCUACAACUGAGAAUGUAUUUUUAUACAUAAGAAAUUGCUAUUUCGACGCUCGCUACGUUAAAUACUUGAUUAUCCUAGGCUUACCCACAUCCACAUUUAUUCAUGCGCAUAAAACACGUGUAUAGAACAUUGUGAUAAUUUAUUGUUAGAGAUUUCCUACCAAGUGGAUAUUUCCUUAAACAUAUUAGCGAAAGAGGGCAAACAGGCUUUAGCAUAGAAUAUAUCUAUUUAUAUACUCUCAAAAAUUAGAAAACGAAUGUUAUGAACUGGACUGGACUGAGAAUCUAGAGAACUAGAGUUACAAAUCAGAUUUCCUGCUUUUUUAGCGGAGCGGUAAAGCUAGCUAUCUAUAUUUAUGAAGCAAACUCUAAGAAGCAGUACCCUGCGAUGUAGUUUAAUAUUACAAAAAGACAAAUGGCAGACAUAUGCCAGGAAAUCACGUAUGCACAUACGCACGAACACAAGCAAAACUGCUCUUGAAUAAGAUUUCCGUAAAGUUGCAGAGCGACACCAGCUUCAGAAGCUACCAACAACGAACGCAUUGUUGCUCUAACACACAAUCAAGCUAAACGUGUGAUUGUAAAAAAAAAUUGCUAGUGUUUUCGGGCUCAAUAAAGAAUUCAACAUUAAAGCAAACAGAUGGUAAUAAAUGGAAUCAAUCAACAAGAUUCAUCAAAUCUCAAUAUUGACAUUAUGUCCAUUGCAUACAGCAAAAAUUGAUGAAACCAAGUUGGAAUUUACAAUAAACGGUUAUUAUUAUUGA